AUGAAGCGAGGAGGAAUUGAGGGGCCGCUCCACCACCGCGACAGGAGCGUGUCCCUCGUUGGAUCCAUUAAAAGCUUCAGACUAAAACAAAAAUUGGGGAAAUGCAGGAAGAAAAAUAGGCCAGUUCCCCACUGGUACAGGCUGAGAAAGGACACAAAAAUUAGAUAUAACACGAAAAGAAGACACUGGCGACGAACAAAAUUGGGACUUUAA